AUGGGGGCAAGAAUUGGGAGGAGACGACUGAGUGGGAUGGGGGAUUCAAAGGCCGUGGCGGUGGAUGGCAGCGCCGCCAUACCCGCCUCCAUCACCAACCUCGCUGCUCUGCAGUACCUAGCCAUGGGAGCAGACGGCAGCCAGCUGACUGGCACCUACGAGGGACUGGCCUGGCUCUCCUCCCUCUCCAACCUGCAAUCGCUGUAUGCUCUGCACACUGCCACGCCCUCCUCUCAGCUCACAUGCCCCGAUAACU